AUUCAAAUAUACGACUAAGGGAUUAGAUACAAUAUUGAGCCCACUAACCACGACAACUAAGUCAAAUAAGUUCUGAACGAUAUGCGAUGUACGUAUCGUUAAAUAGCAUAUCAUCAUCAUAGUCAAUAUUAAAAUUAAUCGCACAAAUUUUGCGUAAAACCUAAUCAGGGAUCUGUCGGAUCGAGACAUCUUAUACAUAUAAGUUCAAAUUUUUGGCAAUUGCUUUUUAAUCGUCUUUCGAGUGUUGACACGAUAACCACCAUGAAUACCACAAUUCAACUUUUGUGUUUGAUCGUCUCGAUCGAUUUAGGGUGUGGCCAACUGUUGGUGUCGUUACCUGAAGGCCUAGUCCAAGGAAGGGAAGAUGUCAGUCCCGGCAACAGGACCUUUCACGCCUUUCAAGGGAUACCGUUCGCUACCCCUCCUCUGGGAUCGUUACGGUUCAAGGCGCCUUUGCCAGCGGAAAAGUGGAGCGGUAUUUUGAACGCGACGAGGUUGGAAAACAUAUGUUAUCAAGUCACUCUCGACUCAGACGACGAGAGCGAAGACUGCCUGUAUUUGAACGUCUUCACGCCAGUGCUGACGGAUAAGACUUCGAGCAAACUACCUGUGAUUUUCUGGAUAUAUGGCGGCGGUUUUAGUCACGGUUCGGCGAAGAACACUGGUCCAGACUUCUUCAUCGAACAAGACAUCGUAAUGGUGUCGUUCAACUACAGGGUCGGACCGUUCGGCUUUUUGUCGACCGGUGACAACGUGAUCCCCGGAAACGCCGGCUUGAAGGACCAAUUGCUCGCGUUGGAAUGGACCAAUCGCAACAUCCAUCUGUUUGGCGGCGAUCCCACCAAAAUCACUCUGAUGGGGGGCAGCGCUGGCGGCGCUAGCGUCGGUUUUCACAUAUUGAGUAAACGUUCGAGCGGGUUGUUCAGGGCCGGUUCGGCCCAUAGCGGUUCACCGAUAAGCGUCUGGGCGUAUUUGGCCGACGCCAGGACCCACGCUUUCGACUUGGCUUACCGGGUAGAGGGCAUGCGGAUCGCCGACGACAGCGACCUCCUAGCGGAUUACCUCAGAAACGUGUCGGCCAAGAGCAUUGACGUCGCAUCUACCAAAACCGACGAGAAAACGGCCUUGCCGACUGUCGAGAAGGAGUCUGACGAUGCGUUUUUGACCGACGAAAUGUACGAACUGCUGAACUCUGGCGACUUCAACAGGGUGCCGUUGCUCAUAGGCACGGUGUCCGAGGAAGAAAUCCAUAUUGCCGCAAACCUGGACGAUUUGAACAACAGGCUGGCGGUCAUAGAGAAAGAUCCGUCAGGCCUCGUCCCCAGCGGGCUUACCCUCUCCACCAACUACACCAGGUCCGAAGUGGGCGAGGAAAUUCGAAACCUAUAUCUCGCAGAUAGCGAGGCAGACGAGGAAUUGGGGCAUGUCGUCCGAUAUUACAGCCACAAUCAGUUCUCGCGGGCUGUAAUUCGACAUGGUGAGAUGCAGGCGGCUCACACGCCCGUCUAUUUUUACAAGUUCUCUUACGUCGGCCCCAUGGGCUACACCAGCAGCAACGUUAGCAUUAAAGGAGCCGAACAGAUCGAUCAUUCUGGCGAGAAGUACUACAUCAGCAAAGUGACCUCCGGCGAAUACGAUAACUCGGACUUCUCUAAGUUCCCGGCCUCGGAUGUGCUAACCUUAAGGCGAAUGGUGUCUAUGUGGUCCAAUUUCGUCAAAUAUUUAAAUCCGACACCCGAACCGAGCGAUUUGCUCCAGAACGUCACCUGGCCCUUGGUAGUUCCCGGAGAGUACCAGUACUUGGACAUAGACGAAGAUCUGGUGGUCAGAAGCAUUCCCAAGCAAAAAUACUAUUUAGCGUGGAAGGACAUAUUUGACAAAUACGGAGCGCGACCUUUUCUUACGUAUUGAAAUUUGUAAUAAGUUAUUUUAUUUUUAUAAUAAUAUAUUUAUUUU